AUGCUCAACCUUUGUUUUCCGAGUAAGAUUCGCAAGCUCACCGAACAGACCCGACAGAAUGAGGAGCUGGCGACCAGCCUCGUGCAGAAACGCAUUCAUUGGAAAACCAAUCGCAAAGACUUUUUGACCCAAAUCCUAGAGAAGCGCGAUCCCGAGAAGGUCUCCGAUUUGCAGCUCGCGGCUCAUUCUUCUGAUUUCGUGUUGGCGGGCAGUGAGACCACGGCGACGACUUUGUCGUGUAUCAUGUACUACCUUCUUCGAAAUGAGGCGGCAGCGUUCGCAUCUUACGAAGAUAUAACGGCGUCAUCCACGCUAUCUCUCAAGUAUCUCCAUGCGGUCAUUCUCGAGGGACUACGCAUCUAUCCUCCAUUGCCCAUCGCGCUUCCCCGGGUUGUGCCUAAGGGCGGUGAUACGGUUGAUGGCCACUUCUUGCCUGAAGGCACCAUUGUCUCCACGAAUCCUCUCGCUUGCAGUCUCGAUCCCAUCAAUUUUGCGCAGCCGUAUUCGUUUAAUCCAGAGAGAUGGAUUGGAGCAAAUAAAAGUGAUAUAUUAGAUGCUAGUCAGCCAUUUCCCCUCGGAACAAGAGGCUGCUUGGGUCGCCAGGUGGAUGGAGCUACGGACGACACUAAGUAA